GCUUUAUGAAAAUAAUUAUAUAGUACUAAUUCAUUUACUUAUGAUAGAAUAUAAGUUACGCUGACUGUAACGUGACUUUGACUUUAAAACUAAUUUUAACUUUCAUAUCAUAAACGAUUAUAUAUAAAUAUACUAAUUCCUGCAUAGAAAUAAGGUUGGAGCCUGUUUCAGAGAGAAAGAGACGGGUCAAAAAACGGAAAACAUCACAGCUCCAAUAGAUAACCGGUAUUACUGACACUUUUAUUUAGUAGCAGUAGCAAACAAAUAUAUAGCAUAUAAUAUAUAGUAGAAUGUCAGGAAGGAAGAAGACAUUGUUAAAGGUGAUUAUUUUGGGAGAUUCGGGAGUUGGAAAGACUUCGUUGAUGCAACAAUUUGUGAACAACAAAUUCAGUCAUCAGUAUAAGGCGACCAUUGGAGCUGAUUUUCUAACUAAAGAAAUAACUAUUGAUAAUAAUAAACAAGUCAGUUUACAAAUUUGGGAUACUGCUGGUCAAGAAAGAUUCCAAAGUUUGGGAGUAGCCUUUUAUAGAGGGGCAGAUUGUUGUGUAUUAUGUUAUGAUGUUACCAAUGAGAAAUCAUUAAAUAAUUUAACAAGUUGGAAAGAUGAAUUUUUAGUACAAUCUAAUGUUACUAAUCCUCAAGAUUUUCCAUUCAUUAUAAUAGGUAAUAAAAUAGAUGUAGAUGAUUCUAAAAAGAUACCUUCAUUACAAAAGAAAUUACAAAAUAUUACCAAUAAUCAAUUAGGUGGAUUAAAUUAUCCUGUAUUUGAGACUAGUGCUAAAGAAGGCAUUAAUGUCGAAGCUGCAUUUGAAGUCAUUGCCAAAAUGGCAUUACAACAAGAAGAAUUGAAUGAUGCUAAUGGUCAUGAUGUAAGUGACGACUAUAAUGAUGCAAUCAAUAUUCACUUAGAAAGUGAAUAUAGUGGUUGCGCAUGUUAGACAGGGUCGUAUCUGCAUACACUUAAUUAAAUAUUAUAUAUAUUAUAUUACUAUUAUUAUUAUUACUAUUACUUUUAGAGUCAUUUCAUCAAUUCUAUUUCCACUUGCACGUUAUUCAAACAAGCUUAGUCCACUUCU